UUGACAGGUGGCUCAGCAUGGUAGCUUUCUGUCCUGAUGAAAAUUUAAAGUGUGCAGUGUCCUUGUGCUCAGUCUGAGAGUAGAGGUAUACUAAUCUGUCCGGGGAGCAUCAGCGGAACAUAGAGGACACAGUGUCCAGCUGGAGUGUCACUGUCCCCGGGCGUCAGGUAGCAUAGUGUCCCCCCUCUGACUGACUGAUCCCCGGUAUACGGAGCUGCUUUCUCCUUGGUUGACCUACACGAGCCUCUCACAGGAGCAGUGGACGUCGGUUCAUUAAAGCUGAACACCUGCUGGAUAGGAGGAGCAGGAGGGCACGCAUUAAUAAACACCGGGUAUCAAGUCAGUCCUGCAGGCUUCUGGCCGACUCUGAAGCACCUGUCCCGGGAAAGAAAACACGACGUUACCUAAUUUUGUUAUUCCAACGUGGCUGCGUCAGGAGGAGCGGACUGGGGAGUGGAAGUUGUGGAGCUGAUAGCCAAUGCUUUGACCAGACCAUUAAAUAGACGCGAGGCUCUUUAAAAAAGACACCAGAUUAUUCCUCGAGGUUGCUGUUCACAUGAUGUACACAAUCACCAGAGGUCCCAGCAAACUUGUUACACAACGGAGAACAGGUCCCACACAACAAAUCGAGAGCAAAUUCAGCGACUUGAAGCUCAAGCCGACAUCUUGGCUCUCUGCAAACUCUCCACCCCCAAAGAUUGUCUUCAACCGUCUGAAUGGGAAGCGUUACCACACUGCAGCCACACAGAAGCCCGUCAGCCCGGCUGAGGGGUUCACUCCUGCACAUGAAGAGAACGUCAGAUUUGUGUUUGAAGCAUGGCAGGAGGUGGAGCAGAAGCUGGGGGAUGGGGACAGUGUGGGGUCGACUGAAAGCCAUGGGCCUGUUCAGUACUCUGAGAAGUCUCCCAGUACUGCCAUGAAGAACUUUGUGCCCAUCGACCUGGAGGAGUGGUGGGCUCAGCGCUUCCUUGCCAAUAUUGCCAACCUGUCAUGACUGUGUGCAGUUUUGAACAGGGACAGGAAGCACCACGUUGAUGCCCGACAUUGCAGGCAUCACUAGGGCAGAGAGGAGGCGAGCGUGUCUUCAGGAUCUGUGGAACAACAGGCCUGUGUGUAAUUUUCAGUCUGAUUUGAUGUCUUGUGCUUCACGUUGCUGGGUUAACGUAAACCUGCCCUAUGAUGCACUGAGAGAUAUGUGACUGUGAACUGUGACAGCGCUGACGUGAAGGACCCGUCUCUCUACAUGAACGACAAAUCAGAUAGAAGCUGUGAGUUUUUCUUUUCAAAGAACCUGCCUCCUUUCUGAAGUGUGCUGCAGCUGAAUGUACAUCUCGGCUGAUCUUUUAAUAGAAAUCAAUUGAAAAUCAAAAGAGUAAAAUGUUUUACAAAAACA